AUGGUGUGCGGAGGCAUCCUCUCCGGCCUGGUGUCCUGGGGCUGCGGCGAGUUCGGUAUUCGAUACAAUCUCGGAUUCCCAAUGCAGAGCCGCGCUGCUUUUGGAAUGUACGGCAGCUACUUCGUCGUCAUCCUGAAAUGCUUUUCCAACUUUGUAUACAGCGGCAUUCAGGCAUACUGGGGCGGAAUCUCAAUGAGAGUGAUGCUCUCGGCCAUCUUCCCAACUUUCCACAGGCUGAGGAACACCAUCCCGGAGAGCGCCAAUGUUACCACCAAAGACUUCAUCGGCACCGUCAUCUACUUCUGCAUAUUUGUCCCCCUGCUUUGGGUUAAGCCGUAUAAGAUGCAGAAGUUCUUUUUGGUCUCCUUUAUCGGCGUUUUGCUCACCAUUCUCGGCAUGUUCAUUUGGUCGAUGGCAGCAAGCGGAGGCGGCGGUAAUUUGGUGGCCCCUAGUCAGGAUCUCAGCACAGGUGAUACUGUAUUUCGCUUCUUUCAAGCCAUCUGCACGCUCUGCACCACCUACACGGGCGUCAGUAUCCGCCAUUCGGAUUGGAGUCGCUACCGCAAGACUCCUCGCGCCGCACGUCUCGGUAUUUGGAUUGCAUGUCCCUUGGUCGUGAUUGUGGCUUCCCUGUUCGGCAUCCUUGUCACGAGCGCCACGCAGAAGCUGUAUGGCGAAAUUAUAUGGCAGCCCAUGACACUCCUAGCACACAUCCAAGAAGUCGACUACAGUGCCACGACACGUGCAGGAACCUUCUUCGCCGGUCUGGGAUGGUUCCUAUCGCAGAUCGCCAUCAAUUACUCUUCCAACGCCAUUGCCACUGGAAUGGACCUCGCGUCGAUCCUACCGCAAUACAUCAACGCGCGGAGAGGCUCGUUGCUUCUCGCCAUUAUCGCCAUUGCCUCGUGCCCAUGGAACAUGGUGAACUCUCCUGGUACCUUUAUCACAGUCAUCGGCUCACUUGGGAUUUUCAUUUCACCGCUCAUCGGCAUCUAUAUCGCAGACUUUGUGGUGGUCCGGAAGAUGAAAUACAAAGUCGGCGACCUUUAUGUCGGCGGCAAAGCUUCAGUCUAUUGGUUCCAAUUCGGUUUCCACUGGAGAGCAUUCCUGACUUGGGCUCUGCUCAUCUGGAUGUCAAUGCCUGGAUUUGUGGGUGCCAUCAGAGGCGAAUCGUACGGCAUAGCAUGGACUCGAAUCUUCCAGCUCUCGUUCUUGAUAGGGCUGUUCGGUGGCUUCAUUAUUUACUGCAUCAUAUGUAAGCUGUCGCCAGUACCGGGAGCUGGUGUGUAUGAGCCGUGGGUGGAGCCAGUGGCUGCUAGCGGCGCUCGAGGGGACGAAGAGUUCCUUGAUGGCGUCUCUGUUGACGAGAAGAGGCCUGAACGUCACGAUGUCAAUGAAAAGGAGGUCAACGCGUGA